ACCACAGAGUGUUCAUCGUGCUGCGUGCCAUUUCCUUCCCUUUUCCUCCUUCAGAAGAUGACCCAUGAGACCACAACCCUGAUAUCCUUGAAGGAAGCAAUGAAAAGAGUAGACAACAAGCUCCAAGCUCUAGACACACAGUUCAAAGAACUGGACAUCACCAAGGAUAAUCUGACGCUUCGAUUUGAACACCAUAGCAAGACUUUGGCAAGCCAAGCAGCCCAGGAUGAGAUAUGGACAGCAGCUCUGGCCCUUGGGUUCACCUCAAUGGAACUGAAUAUUUUAUACAGCUAUGUCAUCGAGGUCCUUAUUUGCUUGCACACUCGAAUGCUUCAGAAACUCCCAAACCUGGUGAGAAGUCUCCCGACCUUAGCCUCUGUCCUUAGAAGAAAAGCCAAGAACAAGCAUGUUAGGCUUGUGUGGGAGUCUGUCCUGCAGGAGUACGGGCUGCAGGAGAGGGAUGUCUCAGCACUCUGUACCUUCUUCAUUGUACAUGGCAACAAAGGAGAGCACUAUGCUGCCAAUGUAAGACGGAUGUACAUCAAAGAUGUUUCCUUCAUGAUCACCAACAUGGUAAAGAACCAGGCUCUACAGGAUGGAUUGCUUAGAGCUGUUCAGAUCAUUGAGAAUGGGAAAGCAGCACAGGACCCUGAAAACUCAAGGGCACCCCUAAAAGACUUGAUGCCCCCAGUUAAAGACUAACCUGUUACCUUUGACCACUCUCGGUCAUUUGUAUUUUUUUUUUUUCUGAGACAGGGAUUCUCUGUAUAGCCCUGGCUGUCCUGGAACUCUGUAGACCAGGCUGGCCUCGAACUCAGAAAUCCACCUGCCUCUGCCUCCCAAAUGCUGGGAUUAAAGGUGGGCGCCACCACUGCCCGGCGGUCAUUUGUAUUU